UCGGCAGAGCGUUAGGCUAAGGUGUCGGGAUCGCGGGCAGUCCAAGCAUGUACGAAAAAUACAAUUUUUCGGUUCUUCCAGCAGUGGUAUUUCUGACUGGCUUUGGGAACUUGUAGAUUUCGGACGGGCGGGAAAGCGUGGACUUCAACAGAAGUGUGAGUUCAUUCAGGUUGGUCUCAGGGAAGGUUUCUUGAGCAAUCAAUACCCGUUCGUGGUCGACGAGUCUUAUCUCAACAAUCACAAAUCCGCAAAGGUUCGCACUUCAACUCUUGUUCGAUACGAGGACGAAAAUUUUUCUUCAGAACAAGUAUCUAGAAGUCGCGGAGCUCCGAAAGCGAAGGUGGCACCGAGUUCAUCUUCAUCUCGAGUUGUGAGGGAGAAUCUUGAGACGGAAAAUCCGUACGUGAACUCUUCAGCUGCGAGUGCUAGCCGACCGGCGGGGGAAUUUUCUUUCGAAGGGGUUACAUUUACAGUUUUUGAGGCGGCGGGUGUUUCAGGAGGAUCUUCAAGCUCAUCGGGAGCGGUGGCGGUUCCGGAGCCAAAGGCAGCUCCGCUGAGGAGGGAACUUCAAUUGACGUAUCGCCCUUGUUAUCCUUCGCAACAUUGCUAUAGACCCUUUACUGACCGAGUGGAAAGGAUCGAGCAAGUUGAUUUAGUUGGUAUCCGGGAUAAAAGCAUCGUCAAAGUUCUCUUUUUAGACUGGCAUCAGGUGGUGGAUCGUGGACGUGACGGUAAGACCGACACGCUGGGAAAGGUGCUUGAGGAAGUCCAGAAUUAUUCGCCAGCUGUUUCAGUGAUUCACGUGAAGCUUCCGCGGAAACCCUCCUUUGGAGGCCGUGCUCCGGCGGUUUCGUUCUUUGCUGAGUCCGAGCAGUUGAUUGAAGACUGGCUGUUGAGGAUGCCGUUCCAGAGCGAGGCGCUGAGCCAUUUGGCUCCGCUUCAGGGGUGUGGAAAGGGCCUGCCGUACUUGGUGGAAGAGGGGAUGCAAGUUUGCAAAGACUUUUUCAGUGAAGGGCCAGUUCUCAAGCCCCAGAAGGCCAUCAUGCGCCGGUACAUGAUGGACCAAAGAG